CGGACCGGCGCAGACCUGCGCACUGUGGUUUGGUUAUCUGGACAAACAGGGUCUGCAAGGGGUUAUCAGAAUGCAUAAUUUUGGUAGAAAUGUGUUAUUAUGAUCGGUUAUCAAAAAUCAGAGGUUAAAUAGAACCCAGUCAAGCUUCUAAAAUCGCUACUUUAAUUAUUGUUCAUUUUUAGACGUACUUCCGGGUAGCCAUGGCUGUAGCAUUGGAGGAUCUGAAAUUUACUUUACAAGAGGUUCUUGACACUUUUAAGUCAUGCCUCUCUGAACACAAAGAAGUAUUCCUUGAGCAUUACGUAGCAGGGUGGCGUGGUCUCGUAAGAUUCAUGAACUGCCUGGGGAGUGUGUUUUCCUUCAUCUCCAAGGAUGCUGUCAACAAGAUCCAAAUCCUGGUCAACCAUCUGAAUGGUGAGAAUGGGGCCCACUACGUCACCAUCCAGUCUAUGGUCAAGUAUGAACUGGACAGCCAACUGGUGGACCUGACCAAGAGAGGCAGUUUCCCAGAGUCCGGCUGCCGCACCCUCCUGAGGCUGCACCGUGCCCUACGCUGGCUGGAGCUAUUCCUGGAGAGGCUACAAACCAGCACUGAGGACAGUAAUACCUCGGUCAUGUGCUCUGAGGCCUAUAAUGAAUCCCUCGCCCAGCACCAUGCAUGGAUCAUCCGCAAGGCUGCCGGCACAGCGUUCUGGGCUCUCCCAGGUCGAGCCACGUUCUUUGAUGUGAUGAAUGUAGGUAGCCCAGAGCAGGUGAUGGCUGUGCUAGGGGACACCCUGCCUCUCAUCUCUGAGGUAUACAAAGUGACAGAGGACCUCUAUACCCAGAACAACAUACUGGAGUUGCCCUAGUAGGCAGAAAGUACUGUAGUAGUAGCCUGGUGGUCCUAGAUCUGUUUGUAGCUUACCAACUCCAAUGGAAUUGUUCAUAGGAGUUGGUAAGACUGCAUGAACCGAUCUGUGACCACCAAGCUACUGUAGCUCUAGUGGUCCAACCAGCACAUCAGUGCUGGCAAGCCAUGCUGCUCUGGAUCUUUUCUUGGUGACCAUUUAUGGUGUAUAAGGAGGGGAUUAUUAUUGUAUAUAAUAUGUACAUUAUACAUUAUGAUAUAAGGCAACAUUACCCAUAGGUUUCUUUCUAAAUGUAAUUCUAUGGCUUUCAGUGCUGUUUUUGUUCAACACACAUUUCUGGCAUUACAUUUUCUCCUUAAUGUACUUUAAGUAUGCAUCAUAGUUUAUCUCUCAAAGUAGGUUUUGUAUCAUUACAAAUGCACUAGCAGAUUUAAAGGUUGUGUGCCUGUCUUGUUCCGUCUCAAGAUAGACAUUUUAUUUUUUGAAAUAUAAACCAGUUAUUUUACAGUUUUAAAUGUUUUCUGUUGACUAUGAAUUAAGUUAAACAUUAUACACUGUGACAUGAUAGGCCUAAGCUAUGUUGUUUUUAUAUUUCUGCAAUGAUUUAUGCAUCUCUAUCAUUUUGUCGUGAUGUUAUAUAACCUAAAAUUGAAGAAGGAUAUUAGUGUUAAAUCUGGUGUAAUGUUUCAAUUACAGUUUUUGCACAGUGCAAAACAUCUCUGUCUGGACUGGAGGUAGUUGUGAUAGAAAUGGAAUGGAUGCUACUGAUUCUGCACGCUCCUUGGCUUGCACCAGGGGGCACCUGUUGAUGUGCGAGCGUGCGAGGCGAGCAGCAUUGUCAAGGUAACGAUAGCUGUGUUGAUAAUUUGAGUUACGCUGCCUGCUGAAAAAUCCUCAACUUCCCACUGGAGUGUUGACAAACAAAAGCAAGACUUAUCUAUCUGAUAAAAUGCAAGGUAUGCUGCAGAUAUGUUUGCUAUUAUUCUUAUCUUGCACGGUUAUUCUAGAGGCAAGUAUGUCCUCUCUUUGUUACCUACUUGGAUCUGACACCUUAGCUAGCUAACACUAGCUAAUUUGCUAGCUACUGUAACUGGUCAACAAGGAAAUCAAGUGCAGCAACGUUACAUGUUGUCUCACUGGCAUGUCAAUACGAUUAGCUAGCUCAGCUUGCAAGUUGGCCAGUGCUCUCAAAAGGGGUGGCCAGUCUCCUCCUGAGCAGCUACCGGGUAUGAAGGCUUUUGCUCCAACCCCGAUGAGCAGACAUAUAGUUAGUUAGCUAGCCAUGUUUUAUUUCACCAGUGAUGGUACAAAAGUCUGCACACCCAGUGGCUUUCUGCAAGAAUGCCAUCACAGUGACUAUGAUGAGAAAGAAUGUAGAGGAAAAACUUCAAUAUAUUUUCAGGUCUCUCUUGACUAUCUCCCAUCUUUCAGAGUUGAGUCGCAUAUAAACCAUUCUACUUCUGUGGAGAAGAAUGCAUUUGACCAGGCCAAAGUCCUCGAAAGGGCGUUGUCGACCCAGCUUGAGACUCACUCCAAACGUGCCUCCUUCCCACUAUCACAGCCAGCUGAGUGUGGACGAAGUCCCAUACUACCUAGAUAAUGUUCCUGAGCUACCCUCUCUUCCCUUCCCUUGGAACAAAUACAAGCCCCUCCCCUCAAUUGAGAAGAAGGCGUCAGAGGAGGGUGUCUUUGAGUGGUGUGGAGGAGAAGAAAUCCAAGCUCAGUCUCUCUGACAACCAACUGUCCUCAGUGAGGACCCGGGCAUCAUCCCAGAGCAACCCGGAGAUGGGGGCGUGCUCGGUCCUCCUUUUCCUGUAGUCCACAAUCAUCUCCUUAGUCUUGGCUACGUUGAGGGAUAGGUUGUUAUUCUGGCACCACACGGCCAGGUCUCUGACCUCCUCCCUAUAGGCUGUGUCAUCGUUGUCGUCUGCAAACUUAAUAAGGGUGUUGGGAGUCGUGCCUGGCCAUGCAGUCGUGGGUGAACAGGGAGUACAGGAGGGGACUGAGCACGCACCCCUGUGGAGCUCCAGUGUUGAGGAUUAGCAUGGAAGAUGUUUGCUACUUACCCUCACCACCUGGGGGCGGCCUGUUAGGAAAUCCAGGAUUCAGUUGCGGAGGGAGGUGUUUAGAACCAAGAUCCUUAGCUUAGUGGUGAGCUUUGAGGGUACUAUGGUGUUGAACGCUGAGCUGUAGUCAAUGAAUAGCAUUCUCACAUAAGUGUUCCUUUUGUCCAGUCGGGAAAGGGCAGUGUAGAGUGCAAUAGAGAUUGCAUCAUCUGUUGAUCUGUUUGGGCGGUAUGCAAAUUGGGUGGGGCUAGGGUUUCUGGGAUAAUGGUGUUGAUGUGAGCCAUUACCAACCUUUUAAAGCACUUCAUGGCUACGGACGUGAGUGCUAUGGGUCUGUAGUCAUUUAGGCAGGUUGCCUUUGUGUUCUUGGGCACAGGCACUAUUGUGGUCUGCUUGAAACAUGUUGGUAUUACAGACUCAAUCAGGGACAUGUUAAAAAGUCACCUGCCAGUUGACACCUGCCAGUUGGUCAGCACAUGCCCAGAGCACACGUCCUGGUAAUCCGUCUUGCCCCGCAGCCUUGUGUAUGUUGACCUGUUUAAAGGUCUUUCUCACGUCGGCUACAGAGAGCGUGAUCACACAGUUGUACAGAACAGCUGUUGCUCUCAUGCAUGCCUCAGUGUUGCUUGCCUCGAAGCGAGCAUAGAAGUGAUUUAGCUCGUCAGGUAGACUUGUGUCUCUAGGCUGCUCGCAGCUGUGCUUCCCUUUGUAGUCUGUAAUAGUUUGCAGGCCCUGCCACAUAAGACGAGCGUCAGAGCCGGUGUAGUAUGAUUCAAUCUUAGCCCUGUAUUGACGCUUUGCCUGUUUGAUGGUUCGUCGCAGGGCAUAGCAGGAUUUCUUGCAAGCUUCCAGGUUAGUGUCCCGCACCUUGAAAGCAUCAGCUCUACCCUUUAGCUCAGUGUGAAUGUUGCCUGUAAUCCAUGGCUUCUGGUUGGGGUAUGUACGUACAGUCACGGUGGGGACGAUGUCCUCGAUGCACUUAUUGAUAAAACCAGUGACUGAUGUGGUGUACUCCUCAAUGCCAUCGGAAGAAUCCUGGAACAUGUUCCAGUCUGUGAUAGAGAAACAGUCCUGUAGUUUAGCAUCUGCUUCAUCUGACCACUUUUUUAUAGACCGAGUCACUGGUGGUUCCUGCUUAAUUUUUGCUUGUAAGCAGGAAUCAGGAGAAUAGAGUUGUGGUCGGAUUUACCAAAUGGAGGGCGAGGGAGAGCUUUGUACGUGUCUUUGUGUGUGGAGUACAGGUGAUCUAGAAUUGUUUUCCCUCUGGUUGCACAUUUUAAUAUGUUGAUAGAAAUUUUCGUAGAACUGAUUUAUGUACCUGGAUGCUUACAUCGAGACCGGUGUAGAUUGACUCCUUCGCAGAACAUUCAAGGACCUGAACAUGGCAUCUUGAAUAGAUCAGUACUGUGCAUCUUUCAGGAGGACAUAAACUCAGCCUAAGCUCAGAUGAAAGACAGAAUAACAAACGACAGUGUUUUUAUCCAAAAAAUAUACACUGAGUAUACCAAACAUUAGGACCCUCCCAGAACAGCCUUAAUUCAUCUACAAGGUGUUCGAAAGUGUUCCACAGGGAUACUGUCCUAUGUUGACUCCAAUGCUUCCUAUAGUUUUGAAGUUGGCUGGAUGACCUUUCGGUAGUGGGACAUUCUUGAUACACACAGGAAACUGAGUGUGAAAAACCCAGCAGCAUUGCACUUCUUGACACAAACCGGUGCGUCUGGCACCUACUUCAAUACCCCGUUCAAAGGCACUUAUAUUUUUUGUCUUGCACAUGCACGCUCUGAAUGGCACACAUACUGUACAUAAUUCAUGUCUCAAGGCUGACAAAUCAUUCUUCAUCCUCUCCUUCCUUUCAUCUAAAUUGAUUGAAGUUGAUUUAUCAAGUGACAUCAAUAAGGGAUCAUAGCUUUCACCUGGUCAUUCAUGGAAAGAGCAGGUGUUUUUAAUACUAUAUAUAUAUAUAUAGAUAGUACCAGUCAAAAGUUUGGACACCUACUCAUUCCAGGCCUUUUCACUAUUUUUUACAUUUUGGAAUAAUAGUGAAGACAUCAAAACUAUGAAGUAACACAUAUGGAAUCAUGUAGUAACCAAAGAAGUGUUAAAUCAAAAUAUAUUUUAUAUUUGAGUCUUCAAAGUAGCCACUUUUGCUUUGAUGACAGCUUUGCACACUCUUGGCAUUCUCUCAACCAACUACAUGAGGCAGCGUUUCAAUUUAACAGGUGUGCCUUGUUAAAAGUUAAUUUGUGGAAUUAUUUCCAUCUUAAUGCUUUUGAGCCAAUCAGUUGUGUUGUUACAAGGAAGGGGUCGUACACAGAAGAUAGCCCUAUUUGGUAAAAGGCCAAGUCCAUAUUAUGGCAAGAACAGCUCAUAAAACAAAGAGAAAUGGCAGUCCAUCAUUACUUAACAUGAAGGUCAGUCAGUCAAUCUGGAACAUUUCUUCAGGUGCAGUUGCAAAAAAACAUCAAGCACUAUGAUGAAACUGGCUCUCAUGAGGACCGCCACAGGAAAGGAGGACCCAGAAUUACCUCUGCUGCAGAGGAUAAGUUCAAUAUAGAGUUACCAGCUUCUAACAGCCCAAAUAAAUGCUUCACACAUAUCUCAACAUCAACUGUUCAGAGGAGACUGCGUGAAUCAGGCCAUGGUCCAAAUUCUGCAAAGAAACCACUACUAAAGGAAACCAAUAAUAGGAAGAGACUUGCUUGGGCCAAGAAACACGAGCACUGGACAUUAGACCGGUGGAGUCCAAUCUGAGAUUUUUGGUUCCAACCACCGACUUUGUGAGACGCAGAGUAAGUGAACGGAUGACUUUGUGGCAUCUUGUCAUCUCCUCCGCAUGUGUGGUUCCCACCGUGAAGCAUGGAGGUGGUGUGAUGGUGUGGGGUGCUUUGCUGGUGACACAGUCAGUGAUUUAGUUAUUUAGAAUUCAAGGCACACUUAACCAGCAUGGCUACCACAGCAUUCUGCAGCAAUACACCAUCCUAUCUGGUUUGCACUUAGUGGGACUAUAAUUUGUUUUUCAACAGCACAAUGACCCAAAACACACCUCGAGGCUGUGUAAGGGCUAUUUGACCAAGGAGAGUGAUGGAGUGCUGCAUCAGAUGACAUGGCCCCCACAAUCACCUGACUUCAAACCAAUUGAGAUGGUUUGGGAUGAGUUGGACCGUAGAGUGAAGGAAAAGCAGCCAACAAGUGCUCAGCAUGUGGGAAUUCCUUCAAGACGGUUGGAAAAGAAUUCCAGGUGAAGCUAGUUGAGUGUGCAAAGCUGUCAUCAAGGCAAAGGAAGAAUAUAAAAUAUAUUUUGUUUUACUCUUUUUUUGGUUACUACAUGAUUCCAUGUGUUAUUUCAGUUUU